UGAUAUGAAGAAGGAAAGACCGUGACAGAGGGAAUUUGAAGAUAAGAGUGGCCUCGGUGAAUGCAGGAAUAUGCCUUCGGCUACCGAUUAAAAGUCACAUAUAUUGACUGAAUCAGGAACAAUGAAAGUGAAAUAUGCACAUGUACCCAGUUAAGAAAUAAAGGACAUACAUAUUACAGCAAUAAAGAAGCAGAGUAAAUUAAAUGCAAGUUUCAAGUGGAUGAAAAUAUAUUCAAUAAAGGAAGUCUUUUGUAGAAGUCUUUUGUUGAUAAUGGUGUGAUUAUAUAUUUUGAAAAAGAUGCACAUCUAUUAGAAGGUGGGACCAACCCAAUAGGGCAGCAGAAGGGAGGAGGGACUAUGCCCAGUAAUGAAGAAUGUGGUAUUAGAGAUGUAUGGGGACACAAUCUCGAAGAGGAAUUUCGCACAAUUCGUCAAGUCGUGCAGCAAUAUCAAUACAUUGCAAUGGAUACAGAAUUUCCUGGUGUCGUAGCUAGACCUAUUGGUGAAUUCAGAACUAAUGCCGAUUAUCAAUAUCAGCUCUUACGUUGCAAUGUAGAUCUUUUGCGAAUAAUUCAACUUGGUCUCACAUUCCUUGAUGAAUCGGGGAAUACGCCUGGUGGUAGCUACACAACAUGGCAGUUUAAUUUUAAAUUCAACUUACAUGAAGACAUGUAUGCACAGGAUAGUAUAGAUAUGCUACAAAAUAGUGGUAUACAGUUUAAGAAACAUGAAGAGGAAGGCAUCGAUCCUUUAGAAUUUGCUGAAUUGCUAAUGACAUCGGGAAUUGUUCUUGUUGAUGAUAUAAAAUGGCUAUCUUUUCAUUCUGGUUAUGACUUUGGUUAUUUACUGAAGCUCCUCACGGAUCAAAAAUUGCCACAGGAAGAAAGUGAAUUUUUCGAGCUGUUGAGGAUAUAUUUCCCAACGAUAUAUGAUGUAAAAUACUUAAUGAAAUCAUGCAAGAACUUGAAAGGUGGUUUACAAGAAGUUGCAGAACAGUUGGAAAUUCAAAGAGUAGGCCCUCAACAUCAAGCAGGGUCCGAUUCUCUUCUUACUGGAAUGGUCUUUUUUAAAAUGCGAGAGAUGUUUUUCGAAGAUAAUAUUGAUGAUGCAAAGUAUUGUGGGCACUUAUAUGGUUUGGGUACGUCAUUUGUUAUGAAUGGAUCUAGCGGAUAUAUGGACAGUAAUGGUGAUAAUGCCUCAACAUCGUAAUGUUAAAGAAAGAAUCAAUCGUAACAGAGAGAUUAUUUCAUUACAAAUAAAAUGUUACAAAAAAAUCUUUUCACUUAAUGAUCAAGCGUAUAGUUCGUAUCCGCAAAAUUAUAUCGACAUCAUUGCUGCAGAUUUCACAUAAAAGUCGAUUUAGACAUGUUUCUUUCAAAUCUUUUUAAUUUUUUUUGGGUUCCAAUAUCUGUGACUUUUAUAGAUUCCUUCUGUGAUAAGUACCAUCAAUCGAAAAUAUUUACAACACCAAACAGCAAAUAAAAAAUGUAAUGUAAUUUUUUUUGUAAACAUUUGGACAAUAUUGAUAUAUAAGAUACCAUUACAGUACAAAAAUUCCAUAAUUUCCUUCAUUUUUAAUAUCCUUGCAUAUAUAUAUUUAUAUCUAAAUACUGAAAUGACACAAGGCGUUUAACAUCAUACUCAAGCCAAACGCAAUGUAUAUGCUACAUGUAUAGAUGUAUCUAUUACCAUUAACACACACACAUACAUAUAUAUAUUCUAUGAUGCAUUUGUAGCGCGAUACACAUUUUAAGUAUGAAACAAUGGUACAUUUUAGAAAACCAUUAAUGAAGGAAGGAUGCACUAUUUUUUCCCGCGUUUUUAAGUUAAACAUAUAUAUAUAUAUAAAUAUUGAUAUAAGAAUCGUAUCUUUUUAUUAUAUAUAUAACGAAUGUUCUAAAUGACGUAAAUGAUGCAUUCGUGUAAAAAGUUAGUAAUAUAAUUAAAGGCGAGGUAUCCUUUAUAUAACAUUUGCUAUAUAUACUGCACUGUUUUAUUGUAAAACUUGAGUCCGCAAAAAAAAAAAGAAAGAUUUUGGUACAUUUUCAAACCAAUCGUACUAAAAAUAUCUGCUUUGUAAAUAACGGACAGUUACAAAAAUCGAAUAAAUAAUUUACUU